GUCCGCGCGCGCCCGCUGAGGACCGACGCCGCCGAAACGAGCAUGCCCUUCCGCGCGUACGCAGACUCGAACGCGGCGUGACCGAGGUCCACGCGUCAGAACACCCCUGGGCGCGAGGAGAGAGGACGCGCUCACGGUGAGCACCCCAAAGAUAGUCUAGCCACUGCCGAAGGGACGCGGCCCGCGCCAUGUCCCAACUCACGCUGGCGUGGGCGGUGAACCAGUCCAGACGGGUGUUCAGGGCGAAGAAGAAGCAGGUGCACCCCGAGGACGUGUCGUCCGCGGGCACCGACGGAGGCGGGUCGUCGUACCACGGGUCCCCCGCGAAGAGCCGAGGCGUCGGGAUUGGCAAUCAGGGGCGCGCCAAGAAGCCCGGGUGCCUCGGGGCGCUCAUGGCGCUCAUGGGGUUCGGCCGAGGGGGGUCCAAGGUGAGAGCCGCCGCGAGGCAGAUGAGGCGAAGGCGCGCGGGCGACCCAAACAACCGACCGCCGGGCUCGCCGGGCUUCGGCCCUCCCGCGUCGCCGCUGAGCCGCGGCGGACUCCUCUCGAGCGGGGGCUCUUCUUCGCGGAGCGUUUUUAAGUCGCCGGUGUCGCCUUCGCCGAUGCCGCGGCCCGAGCUGGACAUCGCUGGACAUCGACCUCGCAGCACCGGCGGGCUCGACGGGCGCGCGGCGAGCAGGGGACAGAGCGCGGAGCACCUGGAGGGCGGCAUGGGGUACCGGGACGCGGAUGAGUUCUCGAUUGGCGCGACGAAUUCUCGAGAAUUCUCGACGAACGUCCGAAGGUCGCGGUUGGGUCCCGCCGCGCCGCCUCCGUCCAUCGCGAGCGGGUUCGAGGAGCUCGACGAGACGCUCGUGGACGAUGAUGAUUCGGCGCCGCGGAUCGGGACGCCGGGACGGGCCACGUCCAUGGGAAACGCGUCGUGGACCCAACCGGGCUAAUCGAGAUAGUCAUCGUAGCAGCGAAAACGGUAGUCUACCUUCGUACCUUCGCAGGACAGAUACAGUAGGUUGGAUAUCAUAACACAGUAGACCAUACAUCUU